AAAUCUCACUUUUUUCUUCUCUUCUCUCUCUCUCUCUCUCCAAAGUCUCUAUAGUAGUCUUCAGCUUCUGGCUGCACAUCUUCUCUCUCUAUCUUUCUUUCCCUCAGCAGACAUCAAUUCCCCUUUUUUGACUAAAAUUCCGCGACUUGGGGUUUUGAUCCAUUCCCCCAGUGAAUCAUCUCUUACCUUCACUGCUUUUUUUCUUCUUCUCCAAAGAACAAAAAAAAAAAAUCACUCCUUUUUUUUUUUUUUAUCUCUCUCUCUCUUAUUCGUCUGGAUUUUUUAAUUUGGGGGAAAAGAGAAACUAUGGUGGUGGUGCUGAUCAAAUAAAUCGAAUCUUUCUGGUGUGUGUGUUGUUGUUGGUUGGUGUGAGAGAGAUGGGUAAAGAGGAAACUGAUGUUGUUAAAGAAGCUAAAGGCAAUUCGAAAUCGGAGAAAUCUAAAGAGAGUGAGAAUCUAAGGAAGAAUAAGAAGAAGAAGCAGAACAAUGGUGUUGAGAACUGUAGAUAUCACGAAGAAGAAGAAGAAGGAGAAGAAGCUAGUGGUUGUUGGGUCAAGUUUAGGUUUAUGAUUGGUUGUGUACCUUCUUCAAAAUCAGACCUUGAUGCUUCUUCUUCCUCUAUCUAUGGCACUACCAGCACUGUUACAACAAUUGAAAGCAAGUCGGCAAAUGAGAAAUCAAAUGAUCAACCAGUUGCUCCACCACUCUCUUCCACAACAACUAGCAAUGCUGAAAGCUCUUCAUCAACUCCAGUCAUCAGCGAAGAACUUAACAUUUCUUCUCACCUCAGGAAAUUUACUUUCAAUGAUCUUAAGCUUUCCACUAGAAACUUCAGACCUGAAAGUCUUCUUGGAGAAGGUGGUUUUGGUUGCGUUUUUAAAGGAUGGAUUGAAGAAAACGGUACUGCUCCUGUUAAGCCUGGUACUGGUCUUACAGUUGCUGUCAAAACCUUAAAUCCUGAUGGACUUCAAGGUCACAAAGAAUGGCUUGCUGAGAUUAAUUUCCUUGGUAACCUUCUCCAUCCAAAUCUAGUUAAGCUUGUUGGUUAUUGCAUUGAAGAUGAUCAAAGGCUGCUUGUGUAUGAGUUUAUGCCUCGAGGAAGUUUGGAGAAUCACCUUUUCAGAAGGUCUUUGCCUCUUCCUUGGUCUAUCCGGAUGAAGAUUGCAUUAGGUGCUGCAAAAGGUCUCAGUUUCCUCCAUGAAGAAGCUUUAAAGCCUGUUAUUUAUCGAGAUUUCAAAACAUCAAACAUUUUACUAGAUGCAGACUACAAUGCAAAACUAUCGGAUUUUGGACUGGCCAAAGAUGCUCCUGAUGAAGGCAAAACCCAUGUUUCUACUCGAGUUAUGGGGACAUAUGGCUACGCUGCUCCUGAGUAUGUAAUGACCGGUCACUUGACAUCAAAGAGCGAUGUUUAUAGUUUUGGGGUAGUUCUGCUUGAAAUGCUGACUGGACGAAGGUCUAUGGACAAAAACCGCCCAAACGGAGAGCACAAUUUAGUGGAAUGGGCAAGACCGCAUCUCCUUGACAAAAGAAGGUUUUACCGGUUACUUGAUCCGAGGCUUGAGGGCCAUUUCUCGAUUAAAGGUGCUCAAAAGGUGACUCAGCUUGCAGCACAAUGUCUAAGCCGUGAUCCCAAGAUUAGGCCAAAGAUGAGUGAUGUUGUCGAAGCACUGAAACCACUUCCGCAUCUCAAAGAUAUGGCAAGCGCUUCUUACUACUUUCAGACAAUGCAGGCCGAACGUUUGAAAAAUGGGUCAGGUCGAUCUCAGGGAGGAAGCGGAUUUGGAUCAAGAAACGGGCAACAGCAACCCGUGUUUCGAACAUUGUCUAGUCCUCAUGGUCAACAUGGUUCUUCGCCUUUUCGACAUCAGAUUCCUUCUCCAAAGCCUAAAGGAGCAACUACAUAAAGCUCUCUUGCGUGGUAGUAGACAACAAACAAAGCUAAAGGCUCAAGCUUUUAUCGUUUUUAAGCGGCAAGGAGAUAUUUUUAACCGAUGUUACGGUAACUCUGUAAUCGAUUAAUGUAAAAAACGACGGAGAACGGUGAAUCCAAUUGGGUUUUUUUCUAUGGAAAUCUGAUUUUGUCUUA